UUCAUACAUUUUUUUCGAAUUAGACCUUAUGAUUAAUUGAAACAUUAUUUUAGAAACCCUAUAUUCUUAAAGAAGACAUUCCAUUAUUUAUAAUAAACUGUCUCAAACAAAUACAAAUUGGAUAUUUGUGUAAGCUACAUAAACUCAUAAAAGGUUUAUUGUACAGCCACGCAUGCGCCAUUUAGCAUCGUUUUUCGUGAAAUCGUUCGAAAGAAUCUGUUCUUCAUAUUUUUGAGCUGUCAUACGUAAACGUAAUCGUAUAGGAAUGAAUUGUAAUUGAUCGUAGUCGUUUUUCCGAAUAACACGAAACGUGACGAAUAAAAAAAAUGGUGUUAAAUGAUUGUCCAGAAUCGGAAAUAAUUGGUUGUGGAUUUAGUGCUUUUAAAGAAAUCGACGAAGUGACUUUUUUAAUUACUGAACUAAAAAAGGUGGAUCUUUCUCCGAGCCUUAUUGAAAAGAAUCGAGACCGAUUUAAUUUUAUCUUAUCACAAUAUCAGGAUCAAAGGCAAUUGCUAGAUCCUUAUUUGGAUGAUAUUCUACAGCCACUGAUUGGUAUUAUCAGAGAUGAAAAUUCUACGGAAAUUAUGCGGCAUAAUGCUUUUAAAUAUAUUUUCAUUGUUAUGUCCGUUAAAACAUACAAGAAGAUUGUUACAUACCUUCCACAUGAGGUAGCAGAUCUUUUCCCUGUUUUACGAAUGUUAGAAAAACAAGAUCCAAAUGAUGUGGAGACAUGGGAAACUCGUUAUGUACUUUUAAUUUGGCUUUCUAUAAUUUCAAAGAUACCAUUUCCACUCUCACGUUUAGAAGUUUCUGAUACUAAUUCCGAGCAAACAAUAAUAGUUAGAAUAUUGAAAAUAUGCAAAUUAUUUUGCGUAUCAAAGGACGCUUGUGCAGUAGCUGCAGUUUUUCUAAUUGCCAAUUUUUUAUCAAGAUCAGAUGUAAAAAAGUUGUAUUUGAAAGAAAUGAUAACAUGGAGUUUACAAUGUGUAGAAACUGAUCCUUUGAGACAUGGUCCAUUAGCAGUUAUAGCAGCUAUAUUAAAACACAGUGCAAGAGAAGAUGUUAAACCAUAUAUUCAAAUGAUUUUGGAUAAAGUUUUAGAAUUUCAUCUGAAUGAUAAUCCUGCAGAUCUUAUUCGGAAGUUUGGAAUUAAAAUUGUACAAAGAAUUGGAUUGGUGUUACUAGGAACAAAAUUGGCUCCAUGGAGAUAUCAAAGAACUAGUAGACCUAUAUGUCUAGAUCCUAAUAUUAAUACUAACUCUAACAUUAUAGAAAGUAUGGAGGAUAUUAAAAAUGUUUCAUCGAAUCAUGAUGACCGGGACAUUCCAUCAGCAAUAGAAGAUAUAAUUGAACAACUUAUACAAGGUCUUAGAGAUAAAGCAAUUACAAUACGGUGGUCUGCUGCAAAAGGAAUUGGUAGAAUAACAGCAAGAUUGCCAAUGGAUUUAGCAGAUGAGGUUGUAGGAUUUGUGCUAAAUCUUCUUUGUGGUCGUGAAUCGGAUGCUGCUUGGCAUGGUGGUUGUCUGGCAUUAGCAGAAUUAGGAAGACGUGGUCUUCUUCUUCCUCAUCGUCUAAACGAUGUGAUACCAGUUGUCCUUCAAGCCUUAGUAUUUGAUGAACCAAGAGCUUAUGGUUCAAUUGGAUAUUUAAUUAGAGAUGCUGCAUGUUAUAUUUGCUGGUCAUUUCCAAGAGCAUACGAUUCUGAUAUAAUUCAACCAUAUGUAAAAGAAAUUGCAGCUAUGUUAGUAGUUGUUACUUGUUUUGAUCGAGAAAUUAAUUGUAGAAGAGCUGCUUCUGCAGCAUUCCAAGAAAAUGUAGGAAGACAAGGAAAUUUUCCACAUGGAAUAGAGAUACUUACAAUUGCUGAUUAUUUUGAAGUUGGAGUUAGAAAUCAUGCAUACUUAAAAAUUAGUGCACAAAUUGCACAAUAUGAAGAGUAUACAAAAUCUUUGAUUGAUCAUUUGAUUACAAGAAAAGUUACACAUUGGGAUACAGCAAUUAGAGAACUUGCAGCCAAAGCCCUCUUCAAUCUAACAUCUAUUGAUCCUAAUUAUAUUAAGCAUACAGUUUUAUUAAAUUUAUUAGAUAUGUUAAAUUCUAUUGAUUUAAAUAUUAGACAUGGUGCAGUAUUAGCUAUUGCAGAAAUCUUGGAAGCAUUGUAUAAUUGCUGCAAUGAAAAAAUUGAAGAUAUAAUUGGACUAUCAGCUGUGGAAAAUGUCAGAAACAUAGUUAACAUUUUUAGGAAAAGAGGACAAUUCAAAGGUCUAGGAGGAGAAUUAAUGAAACAAGCAUGUGCUGUGCUCAUAAAAAAGUGCUCUAUUGUUCAUUUUCCAAUUUCCGUUGAAAUUAUUUGUGACUGGCAAAAUCUUUUAGAGGAAUGUUUGGGUCAUGAAGUAUCUGUAGUAAAGAUGAAAGCUGCUGAAGCACAUACAGAAUUUUUCCGAAAAUACUAUGCAAACAUGGAUAAUCAAGAUCGCAAUAUUGUUAUUAAUCGUUACCUUGAUAAUUUACAAUCAAGUAAUCAACUUGUUCGAAUAGGCUUUGCACAGGCUAUAGGCUAUUUCCCUUUAUUUAUAAUUUGUGAAAGAGUAAAAGAUAUAAUAGAAGCUCUCAUUAAAUGUACUGAAAUAUCAGAAAGUUCUUUAAAAUGGGCAGAAAGUAGGAAAGAAGCUAUUCAUGCAUUAAUAAUGGUUUGUCAAACUCUGGGAGUAAAAGAAGCAGAUAAAUGGCGUAUAUAUAUUCACAACUUAUAUGAUUGUUAUUUAUUGGCAUUGAAAGAAUAUACUAUAGAUAGCCGUGGAGAUAUAGGAGCUUGGGUACGAGAAGCAGCAAUGACUGGUUUACAUAUGUUAACAAACUUAGUAUCACAAGCAAAAUUAUUUUCUGUAUUAAAUGAAAACUUAAUGGCAAAUAUAAUUGGAGGAAUUGCACAACAAGCUGUUGAAAGAAUUGAUGGAAUUCGAGCGCAAGCCGGAAUUGUUUUCAGUGCUCUUAUUCAUAAUGAUCCACUUUUACCAAACAUUCCAUAUCAUGCAGAAUUAAAAACUAUUUUUCCUUAUGAUGAAUGUAAAGAAAAUAUAGAAUGGCGAAUGGAAUCUGCUACUUUUCCACGAUUUAUUAAAAUGUUAUCUUAUCCUCCUUAUACAAUGAAUCUUCUACGUGGAAUUAUAUUUAGUGUUGGUGGUUUAAGUGAAUCUUUGGUUAAAUAUUCUAGUGUUUCCCUAUUUUCUUAUUUACAAGAAUUAGAUGAAUUGGGUCUCAAAAGUUUAUGCUAUAAAAUUUUAAAUAUUUUUGAGGAAAGUCACAAAAAUGAAAGAAUGAUUACAUCAAUGCUAGCUUUCUUAGAUCGCUUACUUAGUUCCGGUUGUAUCCAAGUCGUUCUUGAUGAUUUUGAAAAUGAAAUUGCAGAACAAAUUCUAAUACUGCUUAAACAAGAAAUAAAAAAUACGAACAAUACUAAAUUGUUAAUUAGCAGUAUAAAUGUAUUUUGUCAGCUCUUACAGAUACACGGACCAGUUGCAAAAAGAGCAUUUUGUCAGUUAAGUAUUUUUCUUUGUCAUAAAUAUAAAUGCAUACGGAAAGUAGCUGCAUUAAGAACAUAUGAAGCUUUAACUCUUUAUGGGGAAGAAAUGGAUCUUCCAGAACAAGAUUUAAUGAAAAUUUUGACUGAAUUAAAUGUCACUGACUGGGAACAAUCAGUAUCUGAACUUCGACCCAUAAGAAAUCAUCUUUGUGAUUUAAUGAAAGUACCUGCUCCUAUUUUGCAAAAUAAGGCCAUGAACUGAGCUUGCUUUUAAAUUUUGUCGCGUCUCAGUUAAAUUGGUAGAUCUGCAAGAGUUAGAGGUACAUCACUAAAUCUGCUAAAUGUUGAAGAGUAUGUAAAAAGAUUCAGAGUUUCCUGUUGAACUAAUAUUGGAUUAUUUCUUGGGGAUUCUUCAUGAAGCAAACCCCACGGAAUUUCGUCGGAUUUCCAUUUUGGUAAAUCAUUAAUUCGAAAAUUACUACCAUAGAAAAGAAAACUCUGAAAAUUAAGAGCGAUAUAUAUUUCAAAUAAUAAUGCUGAAAACAAGUAUGAGCAAUUUGCACAUUUAUAACAUUAAAUUUAAUAAAUUAUAAAUCAUUGAUUUUGUAAUAAUAAAUUAAUUAAUUUCUAUUUAGUACCAAUACUAUUCUACAACUAUUUGAAAAAUAGAAAAUAUUAAUCGAAUUUGUAAUAAUAGGACUAUCUUAAUUUUAGAAAAUAGCUGAAAUUUCUUAAAUUUUCAAUAUAUCCGAAAAUUUAUCUUUAAUACAAGUCAUAAAAAUGUAUAUACAUUACUUUUAUCUGUUUAUGAUAUUGAAAGGAUCGGUUACUUGUAAAAUAACACUGAUAAUUUUCACAGUCCCGUAAUUUUUCAUCAUUUCCAAAAGGUGUCCACCAUAGAAUUAUGGGUACAUCUAAAAAAGUAUGAUAAAAAUAUAUGUACUAAUAUUUUCUUAAUUUUUAUACUUUUGGUUUAUAUUUUAUACUUUUUUAGAGAUAUUAAAAACUUGAUGCAUUUUAUAUACCUGGAUGAUGUAAUCUGUUACCAUUCUGAAUUAAGUAAACCUGUUAAUAAUAUUGAUCUUAAAACUCAUCAACCUCAUUAUUAUCUUACUUUAUCAAUAAUUUAAAUAAUAGUAUUUGGUAUUAAAAUAAUUUAUUGCGUAAUUAUUGAUAUUGCAGAGCAGAAAAAGAUUGGUUAUUAAUUUAUUAUUAUCAAUUAUUUUGCAUAAAACAUUUCAUUAUUAAUGUUUCUUACAUAAUUAUAUAAUUUUAUUUUAUAACAUUUAACCAUUUGAGGGAUGCUGACAUAUGUGUUUAUUUUCACACGUGUUAACAUAUUUUCAAAUAUUAUCUAUUUCAUUUAAUAUUUAUAAACAUUAUAUUUUAAAGAAAUGUAAUUAAAAAAUAAAAACUAAUCAUCUUUCACUGCCUGUAAUGAAUUCAUCCUUGAAGAGGUUUAAAAAUUAAAUUAAAUAUUAAUAAUAUUCAUUAAUUUUUCUUUUAUUUUUGUACAACAGAAUUGACAAUUUGUUAUCAUAACAUGAUAAAUUACUUGAUAUUAAAGCUAAAUAUUUUAUUAUUUAUAUUAAUAAAUAUCAACGUAUUCAAAUAAUGAUGUACUAUCUUAAACUAUUUUUGCAAAUAAAAUUGUUCUAGCGUAAUGUGUACUCAUAUGCAUAUAUAAAAAAUACUGUGAUAUUUUAUGCUAUAACAUACAUUAUAUACACGUGUAUACAUUAUGUAUAUGUAUGUGUUGUUAAUAAUAAAUAUUAACAUAAUAUAAUA